CGUAGAUUUCUUUUUAAAACAUUGGGUCGAGAACUCCAAAACAUUAAUGGAGUCUGUGGUAUCUAGUCUAGAAGGAACCCUCUUGAAAAACAAUGAUCCUUUCUCCUAUUUCAUGCUAGUUGCUUAUGAAGCCUCCGGUUUAAUCCGUUUCACAUUUCUGCUACUACUUUGGCCUGUAAUCCGACUCCUCGAUGUUUGUGGGAAGGGUGACGUUGGUGUAAAGCUGGCCAUUUUUGUAGCCACAGCCGGCGUUCCCAUUUCGGAAAUUGAAUCGGUGGCGAGGGCAGUUCUGCCCAAGUUUUAUCUUGAUGAUCUUGAUUUAGAUGCAUGGAGGGUGUUUAACUCCGGUGAGAGAAGGGUGGUCGUGACUAAGAUGCCCAGGGUUAUGGUGGGGCAUUUUGUCAGGGAGCAUCUCCGAGCUGAUGAUGUUGUUGGGAGUGAACUUCGGGUUACCCGGUUUCGGUUAGCCACGGGCUUAGUCCAGGUGGGUGAUUUUGAUGCCUCUAUAGGUGAUCGUAUUGCAGCCAUGUUUGAAGAUAAACAACCUAGCUUAGGGCUAGGAAGAUGCCAUUAUGAUUCUUCCUUUUUAUCUCUAUGCAAGGAACAAGUGAGUGCGCCUUAUCUGAACAAAAACCAGAAACAUAUAGCGGAUCAAGAAAUCCUACCGGAGCCGGUGAUCUUCCAUGACGGGCGUCUUGUCCAGAGGCCGACUCCCUCCGUAGCUCUUUCGAUCCUCCUUUGGAUCCCAUUCGGUAUCAUAAUCGCAAUCGUUCGUUUGAUCACCGGCAACGUUGUGCCACCGUGGUUGGCUCGUAACGUGACAUCAAUCUUCGUCUGGAGGCUCGUUGUUAGAGGGAUUCCACCAUCGCCACCUUCCCAGGGGUCGAGCACUGGUGUGCUAUUCGUAUGCACCCACCGAAGCCUAAUGGACCCCGUAGUGUUAUCGACAGUUCUCCAACGCAAGAUCCCUGCGGUCACCUACUCGUUAUCAAGAUUAUCUGAGUUCUUGUCUCCGAUUCCAACCGUUCGUUUGACCCGCAACCGACAAGUGGACGCUGAACGGAUAAAAAAAGAAUUAUCCGAAGGUGAUUUGGUGAUUUGCCCCGAAGGUACAACUUGCAGAGAACCCAUUCUGCUCCGAUUUAGUGCACUUUUCGCAGAACUAACAGAUCGAAUUGUGCCUGUUGCAAUGAAUUGUCGAGUCGGGUUUUUCCAUGCAACCACUGCUAGGGGUUGGAAAGGGUUAGACCCAAUUUUUUUCUUCAUGAACCCAAAUCCCAUCUAUGAGGUGACGUUCAUGAACCAGUUGCCGGUAGAGGCAACAUGUUCGUCGGGAAAAAGCCCUGAAGAUGUCGCAAAUUACGUGCAGAGAAUCUUGGCCGCGAGUUUAGGGUUUGAGUGCACAAAUUUUACCAGGAAAGACAAGUACAAAAUUCUUGCAGGGAGUGAUGGAACAAUAGAUCAGCCUAAGAAAAACGGUCUGAAUAUAAAUAAAGUGGUGGCAUAAAUAUAUACAUAUUUUACUUAUAUAAAUAAAAUCGUGGCACAA